AUGGAAAACACUUCUCAAUCUAGAAUUCUUGAACCAAUAGACUCCAAUUCAUUAUCUUUAAUAUCACUGUCUUCAGCUUCCAACCUUCAAGAGAAUGUUUCAGAAAAUCUCAAUAAGCCUUCCUUCAUCCGUCCUGUGAGUCCUCCUCUGUUCGAAAGCGCAGAAACGUCACAGAACAAAUGGCAAUUCGAUCGAAAAGAAUUCGCAUUCGAGAGUAAUAGUACCCCUUCCAAAAAGACUGACAGUAUCUUACAGCCACUGAUUCACAACAGAAAGAGGCGCUCCCAAUUAAUGGGAGCUAAGCCUAGGGUUCCCUCAAAGCUACAGCAUACGACAUCAAAGCUACAUCAUGCGACUUCAAAGCUGGACUUAUUAGAUGAAAAUAAACUCACAACAUUGCCCAUUUGCCCACCAAGGGGUAGUGAGAGAAGCUCGUUGAAUGUAAAGCGGUUGAAGUUAAAUCCCGUGAAUGAAAUCCGCAUACAUACCGAUAUGGAGAAUAGACGAAUAAGCUAUGGAAUACCAUUGUUGCUAGCUGGUGAAUCUGGAAAUGAUGACGAGGAUGGUGAGGAAAACGAACAUCCAAUUGUUCUAAUCGAAGACUACAUAAAAUACUCAGGUGGGCCACAUGAACGCUGUACCAAGAAGAAAGUAUCAAUCGCUGAUUUGAAAAGCAAAAUGAGCAAAAGGAAGGAUAUGCAUAUUCCGAUUAAACUGAAGACCCCUAAAACAGCACUGUCCAAGUCAUCAAGCUCUUCACUGACAUUAACUCCCUAUGUCUUCGGAGAAGAAUCUACUAGGAAUGAAUUCGCGUCGGGUCGGGUCUCUGACAAUCAGACAUUAAACGGAAACGAGAGGUCUAGCAAUAAUGAUAAUGACUACGAUAAAGAGGAUGCAUGCGAAAAUGAAGUGGAUAUUGGUGUAGACCUCUCGAACGUCUCAGAUAGUGUGCGAAAUAUUUUGGAUGUCAUUAUGAAACCAAAAACUCAGGAAAACGAUAAAUACUUAAGUAAUCUACGGAUUCAAUCACAACUGAGAACUUGUGUUAUAUGUGACAGUCCGCUUUAUGAGAUUAGCUCACUUAUUUCAGAUGCUGAUGAUUUCAAGGAGAUCGUUUGCGGUAACUGUACUGAAAAAUAUGAGGAAGCGGCCAAAGUAUUUGAAAACUAUGAGUUUGAGACGUCCGGUGAAAUCAGCAUUGACUCCUCAUUGAGCAGUAUGAAUAGCGCAUUAGAACUUACGCAUGGCGAAACAAGCGUACUGGAAGAACCUGUACGACCUGCUACCCCAACGAUGACAUUACAAACACAGGAUAGAUUCUCGCAGGAACUGAUAAGAAGGCUACAAGUCCAGUCUCAGAGACAAAGUUCUUCCAGAAAAAACGCAAAAGAUGUGUUCGACUGUCCCACAAUGGCGUGGUUCCUCGACGCUAAAAAGAAAAUUAGGUGGAGAUGGAGGGCAAGUGGAUUAUUGCCUCGAUUUUUGACAAAUCAUUACGAUUCUAAGCAUAUGAGUAGCAAUUAA